AUGAGCACUUCUUCUUCUUCAAAUUCAGAGAUCAAUAUAGAUCACAAAUCAGACACUCUCCGCGGACAACAACAUCUACCGGUUGCAGUGACAAACAGUCUACCGAAAGUUGGCCCCAAAAACCACAUACCGCGUUCAGAAAUUUCGAAGCGCAAGUGGGCAUCCGAGGAAUGUUAUAUAGGUGAGAAGCGCCAGCGGGCAACAAACCAAAUCAACCUUCUCACCCACUUACAACAACAAGAAGGACCAUCAUCAAUUCAACAUCAUCUUCGUCCUCCACUUCCACCACUUCCACCUCCAACAGCUACAUUGGUUAGCCCGGCUGAACAGCUAUAUCAUCAGCAGUUAGCCAUGAUGAACGCAUGCACAAGAUUCAGCGACAACUACGAUGUGAAGGAGGAGCUGGGAAAAGGCGCCUUCUCCGUAGUUCGUCGCUGUGUCCACAAGACAUCCGGACAGGAAUUCGCCGCAAAAAUCAUCAACACAAAAAAGUUGUCGGCCCGAGAUUUCCAGAAAUUAGAGAGAGAAGCCAGAAUAUGCAGAAAAUUACAACAUCCGAAUAUAGUCAGAUUACACGAGAGUAUUCAAGAGGAGUCAUUUCAUUACUUGGUGUUUGAUUUAGUCACAGGAGGAGAACUGUUCGAAGAUAUCGUAGCCAGAGAGUUCUAUUCAGAAGCAGAUGCCAGUCAUUGCAUACAACAAAUACUCGAAUCGAUUGCUUACUGCCACUCUAACGGUAUUGUUCACAGAGAUUUGAAGCCAGAAAACCUGCUUCUUGCCUCCAAGGCCAAGGGAGCUGCAGUCAAACUCGCAGAUUUCGGAUUGGCGAUCGAAGUGAACGACAGCGAAGCAUGGCACGGAUUCGCCGGAACUCCAGGAUACCUUUCACCAGAAGUUUUGAAGAAGGAUCCAUACUCGAAGCCAGUUGACAUCUGGGCUUGCGGAGUCAUCUUGUACAUCCUUCUCGUCGGUUACCCACCAUUCUGGGAUGAGGAUCAACACCGUUUGUACGCACAGAUCAAGGCCGGAGCUUACGAUUACCCAAGCCCCGAAUGGGACACCGUCACCCCAGAGGCCAAGAGCCUCAUCGACAGCAUGUUGACGGUUAACCCAAAGAAGCGUAUCACCGCUGAUCAGGCUCUCAAGGUCCCAUGGAUCUGCAACCGCGAACGUGUUGCAUCAGCAAUCCACAGACAGGAUACUGUCGACUGCUUGAAGAAAUUCAAUGCCAGAAGGAAGCUGAAGGCGGCAAUAUCGGCUGUCAAAAUGGUGACCCGAAUGUCGGGGGUCCUCCGUACCUCCGACUCGACAGGUUCAGUUGCAUCGAACGGAUCGACGACGCAUGACGCGUCACAAAUUGCCGGAACAUCAUCGCAACCGACAAGUCCCGCCGCUGAGGGAGCCAUCCUCACGACGAUGAUCGCCACGCGAAACCUAUCAAGUAAGUUUUGA